AUGACGCAGCCCCAAAUGCAGGCAGUAUGGCAUUUAGGUAUUCAUGGCAACCUUUUUCCAAGCUGGGCGACAGAAAAGAAGGUCAAGAUGACAGAGCCCGAUCAUUGCCUUUUGGUCUGUAUUGGUCUGUAUGCUGCUUUCUUAUUGCAGCUUGAACUGAUUGUCACAGAAUGCGUCCCUGAGGCGAGCACAUCCCCAUUCGUUUUGCGAUGCUUGCAGCAAUACAUGCAGAUGACAGGCAGUGAGCGGUCAGAAGUUCUUUUGGAGCUGGGUGACAUUUGGCCCUCCAAGCGCAGAAGGUGGUGGACAGUGUUGCUCAAAGCCUUCAUGGGAAAAGUUUUCAUUCCACCGUUUCCCAAACCUGACAUGGUGCCCACAGUGGCAUGCCUGUUUCCAGGAAUGAUGCCGAUGACAGAUCAGGAGCUCCAAGAGCUCAUCCUGUCCUCUCAGGAGAGGUUGAUGUUCAAGAAGUUUGGCAAAGGCUUGGGUGCAUACACGACUGGCGUGGCACAGAACGUUCGUCAUUUGUCAGGUCGUGAGAUGGCCGUUUUGACAGGGUUUGCCAAAUCUGAUGGAUGGAGGACGAUGGACGGACCACCAAUGGUUUCUCACUGCCGGUGUUGGUCAAGUAGCGUCACAAUUCAAGCCGCUUGGAUUUUCACUGCUGUCUUCAACCAUCUGAUUGACAACGGAUUUUGCGCUGGGGACAAGAUCCCGCCAAAGCAAAUCCUAGGCUGUGUAGCGAUGUAUCUGUUCAAGCUCCGUGAUGAAUGGUUUGGCCCAGAGCGCACACUUGCAAUGGAGAUGUUCCAGGAAGCGCUGGAAAAGUUCCUUGAUCCAGGGCCACCGCCAUCGUUGCCAGCCCAGGCAGACAGCACGUUUCAAGACACCACCGCAAGCCAAGGUGAAGCCAUUGCCAACAACAUUGCCGAUAUUGAAAAGAAGGUAUCUCAACAUCCGAAGUGUGAGGAAGCAUGGAUUGCAGGUCCUGUUGAUUCAAAAGAGGAAAACAGCCAGCGGACGGGACGCAAGGACCCAGAAGAAAAGAAGAGCGGAGUAACCAACAACCAGCCAGCGAGCAGGGCGCGAGAACCUGACAAACAGCCAGCGAAGGGGCCGCAAGAACCCCUACCUGAGUCCAGUCUUGCCAGUCUGCCGAGUCCUGCCCAGGUGCCAGUAGGUGGUAGUCCAGAUGCAGCCGAACCCAGUAGUGCCAAGGUUUACCCCAAAGAAGAAACUCACAAUGCUCAAAUGUGGGAUACUGCCACAAGUGCAGUUCAAGCAUUUGCCACAGUCCUGGCGUCUCCAGUCAAACAAUCGACAUCAUGCAAGCAAGUGGAGGCCAAAUUGCUUUGCCCACCUGAAGUGUGUUUUCCAUUAUCUGAUUUGUUGGGUCCAGGGUUGCUGGUCUACGAUGUUGACAACCAUUUUGGGGGCCAAAGCGAACUUGAGACAGCCAUUCAGGCGAUUCUCCGCGAACAUGGUGCCUUUGCAGAUCCUCUUCAGAACAGCUUUGGUCUUACGAUCACUGUCAGCAAGUGCCCUGGCAGGUGCAUUCAAGGCUGCGCGUCCCUGGCAGCAGCUCAAGCAAAUGGCCGCCAACCACUCACCACCCAUUAG